CUCGAAUAUCAAAGAAAUAAGAAAACGAGGAAAAUAAAAAUCCAGCUGAGACAUUUCAGAGCCCUUGGAUCACAAGAAAAGGAUUUGUGGCAAAACUUUUGAACUUUGGCCCCUGUUCUUCUUUCCGGUGCGGUGCGGGCGUUUCUGAUCUAUCCGUUAAGUGGACUUUCUCCCUCUUCUACUCCGACGACUGGAGGAGGGAGCCCGAGAUGGCGUCAACGGUGUCCGAGAGAAUUGAAUUGGCCAAGCUUUGCACCUCCAAAGAUUGGUCCAAGGCAAUUCGCAUACUGGAUAAUCUCCUUGCUCAAUCUUGCGCCAUUCAAGACAUCUGUAAUCGGGCUUUCUGCUAUAGUCAAUUGGAGCUUCACAAACACGUGGUUAAAGAUUGCGAUAAGGCCCUUCAGCUUGAUCCUACUCUUCUCCAAGCCUACAUUCUCAAAGGUCGUGCAUUUUCUUCAUUGGGAAGAAGAGAAGAAGCUGUUCAGGUAUGGGAGCAAGGCUAUGAGCAUGCUCUUCGUCAGUCUGCAGAUUUGAAACAAUUGCUGGAGCUGGAAGAGCUUCUCGUUGGUGCCAAACAAGGUUAUUCUGCUGCAAACGAGAACCUUACAGUUGAAUCCUCUGAGUCCAGUUAUUGUGUGAAUGAAUCUGCAACUGUUGUCUCUGUCAAAUCAGAUGAAACUUGUGACGACUACAGGAAGUCUAAUGGUCAGUUUGUACCAUUAAGCAAGUCAAAUGAUCAGUUAGAGAGCUGUGAAUCAUCAAAUGGUAGCUCUGGUAUAUGUAACUUAAAUGAUAGUACAUCAGAGAAUAAAAAGUUUGACAACCAAACAAAUGGAAUUCAUGAGAAACAUGUUGGAACUGAAGAAAAACAUGUUGGAACUGAAGAAAUUGAUGAUAAACUGGGUGAUGAGUCUCUAUUACUUGGUGAGUCAAAGGAUCCAACUCAGUCUUGCAUCAAAGGUCCAACCAUUUCUGUUAAAACAAGUGGUAUACCCGAGAUUCAAAUUCGACCGAGCAAUAAAUUGGAAAUGCAUGAAGAAUGGUCCAAUGAAGCUACAAAAGGCAAGAAGUUCUGUGUAGCUAGGAUUUCAAAGACAAAUUCAAUAAAUGUCGAUUUUCGAUUGUCAAGGGGAAUAGCACAGGUAAAUGAAGGAAAUUAUGCCCAUGCUAUAUCCAUCUUUGACCAGAUACUUCAAGAGGAUCCUACUUAUCCUGAAGCACUUAUAGGAAGGGGAACUGCAUAUGCAUUCCGACGUGAACUUGAUGCUGCUAUUGCUGACUUUACAAAAGCCAUACAAUCAAAUCCAGCAGCUGGUGAGGCAUGGAAGCGCAGAGGACAGGCCAGAGCUGCCUUGGGUGACUCUGGUGAGGCAAUUGGUGACUUGACCAAGGCAUUAGAAUAUGAGCCAGAUUCGGAAGAUAUAUUACAUGAAAGAGGAAUUGUUAAUUUCAAGUUUAAGGAUUUCAAUGCUGCUGUUAAAGACUUAUCUGCAUGUGUAAAGUUUGAUAAGUCCAACAAAUCUGCUUACACAUAUUUGGGUUUGUCAUUGUCUUCACUUGGUGAAUAUGCGAAGGCGGAGGAGGCACAUAAAAAAGCAAUUCAACUUGAUCGGAGUUUCGUUGAGGCAUGGGCUCAUCUGGCACAGUUUUAUCAAGAGCUGGCAAAUUCAUCAAAAGCUUUGGAAUGUCUCCAGCAACUCCUGGAAAUCGAUGGCAGGUUUACCAAAGCUUAUCACCUGCGUGGACUACUUCUUCAUGGGAUGGGAGACCACAAGAAUGCCAUAAAGGAAUUAUCAGUUGGAUUGAGUCUUGAGAGCUCUAACAUUGAGUGUUUGUAUUUACGAGCUUCGUGCCAUCAUGCAAUUGGAGAAUAUAGAGAAGCAGUGAAAGAUUAUGAUGCUGCUUUGGAUUUGGAACUGGAUUCAAUGGAAAAGUUUGUUCUUCAAUGCUUGGCCUUCUAUCAGAAAGAGAUUGCUUUAUACACAGCAUCGAAGCUGAACAGCGAGUUUCGUUGGUUUGAUAUUGAUGGAGAUAUAGAUCCUCUAUUUAAGGAAUACUGGUGCAAAAGGUUGCACCCAAAAAAUGUCUGUGAAAAGGUUUACCGGCAACCACCUUUACGUGAUUCUUUGAGAAAGGCAAAGCUGAGAAAGCAAGAAUUUUCCAUAACUAAGCCAAGAACAACUCUUCUUCAAGCCGCAGAUUCUAUUGGCAAGAAGAUCCAAUGUCAUUGCUCUGGUUUCUUGGCCAACAGGCGUCAGCAUCGGAUGGCAGGAUUGGCAGCUAUCGAGAUUGCACAAAAGGUCUCAAAGGCUUGGCGUUCUUUACAGGCAGAAUGGAAACAUUCAAGUAAAGGUACCGCAAAAUCUGGCAGGAAAGUCCGACGAAAGGAAAAACUGAAUCAACCUAGUCAGAACAGAGGUGGUGCUGGCUGUAGUACUAGUAGUUUGUCUGAAAUAUCAACAUCAUAUAGCUUAUUGGAAGACAGAUCACCUCUGCGGUCCACAAUGUCAUGGCAUGAUGUGUACAAUUUGGCCGUCAAAUGGAGACAAAUAUCUGAACCUUGUGAUCCUGUUGUGUGGGUUAACAAGUUAAGUGAAGAGUUCAAUUCUGGAUUUGGUUCUCAUACUCCACUUGUCCUUGGGCAAGCCAAGGUUGUUCGAUACUUUCCAAACUUUCCAAGGAUGCUAAAUACUGCCAAGAUGGUCAUUAAGGAAAGGAAAUAUGUAUGUGACAAGAAGGAUAACCUUGUUCUCCUGUCUGAAGAUAAGAAAUUGCAGCAGGUAAUGAAUGCAGAGUCCUGCUCUGAUCUUUACCAAGCCAUUGGGGAUGACUUCUGGGUGGCUACUUGGUGUAAUAGUACAGCAGUUGAGGGGAAGUGUCUUGAAGGAACAAGAAUCACCCUUGUGAAAUUGGGAAAUGGAUUUGACUUUGCUGUCAGGACACCUUGUACCCCAUCUAGAUGGGAAGACUUUGACUUGGAAAUGACAGCUGCAUGGGAGGCACUAUGUGAUGCAUAUUGUGGUGAAACUUUUGGAUCAACUGACUUUGAUAUGCUGGAGAACGUAAGAGAAGCAGUCUUGAGGAUGACAUAUUACUGGUACAAUUUCAUGCCACUUUCCAGGGGAUCUGCUGCGGUUGGCUUUGUAGUAUUACUUGGAUUACUGCUUGCUGCUAACAUGGAGUUCACUGGCAGCAUUCCAGAUGGCUUGCAGUUGGACUGGGAAGCGAUUCUGAACUUUGAUCCCAACUCCUUUAUGGCUUCUGUAAGGAGUUGGUUAUAUCCAUCUCUCAAGGUCACUACCUCCUGGAAAGGCUAUCCAGAUGUUGCAUCCACGUUUGAGACAACAGGAUCAGUUGUUGCUGCUUUGAGCACCUAUUCUGACUGAGGUGUCAUCUACUCAACAGGCACGUUUUCUAGAAGUCUAGUGAGGCUUUUUAAAUUUGUAACUUUAUCCUUCCAUUGCAUCACAAAUACCACGUUUUGAUAUACAAUAGAAAAGGAAUGAUGAUGUAUUUAUUCAAUUGUUGUACAUACCAUGAAAUAAUACAUGUUCUAAUUAAACUCUUUAUGCCUGGACA